UGUUGGGCACACAUGGUUGCGGUUGAUUUGAAGAGUAUUCGCUCCUUGUUAGUGAAACGGCGUAACAAGAAAAAGAGAAAAAUGGAGAAGAGGGAAGACCUGAGAUCGAUUCUGCCGUACCUACCGGUGGUGAUGCGUUCUUCCACACUGUUUUGGCCGUCGCAAGUGGUUGAAGCGCUCAAAGAACUCGCCAGAGGACCUCUUCACAGCCACGUUGACUCAGGCCACAUCCUCUUCACCGCCAUUGAAGACAUCAGAAACUCUCUUUCUCUCUCUUCCAACUCCUUGGCUCCUUCCACUUCUCUUGGAUACUCCCUCUUCUUCGACGAGCUGAUGACUAGGGAGGAAUCAAGGAAGUGGUUUGAGGAGGUUGUUCCAGCAUUGGGGAGCUUGCUUUUGAGGUUGCCAUCUUUGUUGGAAGCACACUAUGAAAAUGCUGAUAAGGUUUUAAAUGUGGGAGCUAUGAUUGGAACCGGUCUUCGCAUGUUGGAUUCACAGGAAGCAGGGAUUGUGAUCCUUUCCCGGGAGUUGAUUGCUGCUCUUCUUGGGUGUUCGCUUUUUUGCCUAUUCCCGGACCAUGACAGAUACAUGAAACAGCUUCAAAUAAUCAAUUUCGAUCAAUUGUUUGCGAGUCUAUAUGAAGAUUACAGUCAAAAGCAGGAAAGUAAGAUUCGAUGCAUCAUUCACUAUUUUCAAAGGAUAAGUUCUGAUAUGCCUAAGGGUGUUGUCUCUUUUGAGCGAAAAGUACUACCCUUUGAAGGUGAUGCUGAUCUAAUUUCUUACCCAAAUUCUAACUUUUGGAGCACUUCGGCUAUACCUCUUUGCAAAUUCGAGGUUCACACUUCAGGACUCAUAGAAGAUCAGUCAGGUGAAGCUGUUGAAGUGGAUUUUGCAAAUAAAUAUGUUGGUGGUGGUGCUCUUGGAAGGGGAUGUGUACAGGAAGAAAUUCGCUUCAUGGUCAGUCCAGAAUUGAUUGCUGGCAUGCUUUUCUUGACAGCCAUGGAGGAAAACGAGGCUAUAGAUAUUGUUGGCGUUGAAAGGUUCUCUAAUUAUACAGGGUAUGCAUCAUCAUUUCGAUUUUCCGGUGAUUAUGUGGAUGAAAGGGACGUAGACAAUCUUGGAAGACGUAAAACCAGGAUUGUUGCAAUUGAUGCAUUAUGUAGCCCAGGGAUGCGACAAUAUAGGGAAAAGUUUGUAUUACGAGAGCUCAAUAAGGCAUUCUGUGGUUUUCUAUACCAAUUUAAAUAUCAGAAGUAUCAGAAAAUAUUACAAGAGAAUGGAUGGUCAUCUGAACAGUUUGACGCUUCAACGCUAACAUAUAUGGAAACAAGUGAAGGAGAAAUUUCAAAUCAUGAAUUCGAAAAAUUUCAAAAUAACUACCAACAGAUGGAGCAGGGCAAUAAUAUUGGGGUUGCAACCGGAAACUGGGGAUGUGGUGCAUUUGGAGGAGAUCCUGAACUAAAGGCUAUAAUUCAGUGGCUUGCUGCUUCACAGGCCCUAAGACCUUUCAUAGCAUACUACACAUUUGGCUUGGAGGCGUUGCAGAACCUAGACGAGGUGGCUAGUUGGAUUUUGUCACAGAGAUGGACGGUUGGGGACCUGUGGAACAUGCUGAUUGAGUACUCGACAAAGAGAUCAAAAGGCGAAACUACUGUUGGCUUCCUCCGAUGGCUUCUACCAUCAUUGUAUGGUCAUGGUACUAGGUCCUUUGAUGGAGAUGGGUGUUUGGUGACCUGAAGGUUCUUGGAUGGAUGAGUUUAGCUAUGUCUAUAUUUCUAGAAAAUGUUGUAUUGUUUAUAAGAACUAAUGGAUUCAUUUAUUGUAUGUAAUAAUAACAAAUGUGAGGUUAUAGUAAGUAUUUGGUUUCCUAACCAA